CAAAGAUGACGUUUUGUUCAAGUCCAUCAGCUGUUUUGUUUACGUUUUCCAAAAUUAUUAAAAUUUUCGUUCAUUAUUUAGAACAAUCUUUCUAAAAAGUGUUACAUAAAUUGCGUAUGUUUAUGACUAGGAUGUGUUAAUAACUUAUUGAUCUACGGCACUGCGAAGGAAUGAUUUCAUUGCGUCGAUUAUUUGCGUGUAAAACGCAUUCUCUUCAAACUAAACUGCUAGUCCGCGCUGUGCACCACGAAGUACGAGUCAAACAUUCAAAUUCACAACAUGAAAAUGGCCUUCACAAGUUUCAACUGCAACAGGCAAACUACGACACGGACUAUCUCCUCAAUCCGGCCAACUUGCCCCUGAUUCGAGACAACAUAGAGCACCGGAAAGGGAUAGGAAAUAUCCAGCUGGUCCAUGAGUUGCACAAUCGAAUAAAAGCCGUGCCAGCGGAACAAAUACCGGAACGGGAUCAAUUGGCCGGUCAGCUACAGGAAGAACUUCGGAAGAUUCCUAACAAGACUCAUCCGGACGUGUUGGCCUACGGGGCGGAACCCAAAGUGAUAAGGUAUUACAAUGAGAAGCCAAAGUUUGAGAAGGGGAAAGUUUUCGAAUUUUCCGAAAUGGCCAAAAAGAUGAACAUAUUUCGGAUGGAAAAGCUAGGGAAUUUUACGGGACACAAGUCGUACUAUUUGACCGGUGAGUUGGCCGAAUUGGAACAAGCACUUAUCAAAUACGCCGUAACGAAGCUGCUGGCCAGCAAAUUCAAGCUGAUCACGGUGCCGGACGUUUUACCGGCCAGAGUUAUCGAAAGUUGCGGUAUGAACACUCAUGGGGAACGAAAUCAGGUUUACAAGCUGAAUUUUCCGCAUGAAACGCUGUGUCUCUCGGGAACGUCCGAGAUGGCGUUGGCCGGAUAUUUUUCGGGCACAAUUACCGACGAAAGUGAACUUCCGUUGAGGCUGGCCGCCGUCAGUCGAUGCUUCCGAGCGGAAACCUCUGGCCUCCAUGACGAGAAAGGCAUUUACCGGGUGCAUCAGUUUACCAAGGUGGAAAUGUUUUCCGUGUGUCGACCGGAUCAAUCCGAGUCCAUGCUGGAGGAGUUCCGGGACAUCGAGGUUGGACUGUUCGAUGCUCUGGGGUUGCAUUUCCAACUGUUGGAUAUGCCAGCCUGCGAGUUGGGUGCCCCUGCGUACCGCAAGUAUGACAUUGAGGCGUGGAUGCCAGGGCGUGGCAUGUAUGGGGAGAUCUCCAGCUGUAGCGACUGCACGGACUAUCAAGCCAGGCGAUUGGGUAUUCGUUAUCGAGCCGAUGAUGCUCAGCUAAGGUACGCCCACACCGUCAACGGAACAGCCUGUGCCAUUCCACGAAUGCUGAUAGCUCUGUUGGAGAAUUUCCAAAACUCGGAUUAUACCAUUACCAUCCCGGCACCCCUGCGACCGUUCAUGCGAGGCAAGGAACGAAUCAGCAGGAAAAAACUUCUACCCGAACUAAAACUAACCAAGCGGUUAACACAGGAGGAAAUUUGCUAGUCUUCCAACGGCACCAACACUCCAAAACCCCAGUUACCGAAGCUAUCCACAAGCAAGCCAAUCGACGAACAGGACGUCGCCCUUCAGCGAGAAUCGCCACCGCCACCGAUCCGUAUCACCUUAGCCUCCAUCGACGAAUAUCACCAU